AUGACACCAACCAAUGUGGUUUACCAGGUUAACUCGAAUUCCUUCACUGUAUCAUGGUCACCCCCAUCAAACCCGCCAUUCCAGCCGACUGGUUACCUAGUACAAUAUAGGGUAGGUGGAGUGGAUGGAGGAGAUGUUACAGCAAGUGACGUAACAUCCAUUACAUUCCAAAGCACUGCUCCUGAUGCUAACAGCGUCUUGGUUGCUACUUUGUUCACUGGUUCAAAAGAGCUUGGUGCUGAGGACAUCGCUUUGGCUGUCGAGACUCAGUCGGCACCGGACUCCUCGUAUUAUCAGAUUCACUUGUUGAACUUCAUCACUUUAUCCUGGUCAACCCCGCAAAACCCGACAGGAGUGUUUGGGUAUCUGGUGGGAUAUUCGGUAGGCGGAGUGGCCAACGGCGAAACCAUCUUAGACUAUACAGUGACAACGAUUACAUUUCAAGACAACAACUUACAGGGUAGAAGUGAUAUUGAUCCGAAUAGUGCAUUCGUUGCCCAUUUGGAUUUUAAUCAAGUUGAAAUUCUAAACACUCGGUCUGUAGCGUCUCUGCCCCCUCAGAGUGUGAUACCCUCUCCUCCCGUGCUUGCUACCAUACAACGGACAUCCGACACAAGUUAUACUAUAUCCUGGUCUAGCCCGGGGAACGUCGAUGGAUAUAUCAUCUCAUACGCCGAUGGUGCAGUAGCCAAUUCUCAAGAGCUACCUGCAGAUAGAACAUCCGAACAGAUCCAGAAUAUCCAACCCGAUACGGAUUACACAUUUAACUUGUACAGUCAACGGAAUGGUAUCAGAGCUCAAGCUAGUCUCACUGUACUACCUCCUGUGGUAACACCACCAGACAACAUUAUUUUCACCAUCGAUGACCGUGGUGAGGAUUUCAUCAACAUUGUCUGGAACCAUGACCCGACACAAGGCAUUAUAUCAUAUCACACGACUCUCCUUCGAAAUGAUGGUGUCACCCUAGUACAAGAUGGAGGACUUAUUAGUGCCCCAGCAGGAGCUACGCCUCUUACACAUCGAUUCACUGGACUGGACCCGGGAACACAGUACACCGUUGAUAUUAACAUCGUGGCGAGUGCAAAUCCAACUACCGAAAUUGACUUUGCAAGUGAUUUGGCUUUUACAAGGCCUAAACCACCAAACAACGUACUCCUGUAUCCGCUCAGCCCCACUACCAUCUUGUUUACAUGGGAACGUUCCCUUCCACCAAAUGACUUCUUUAUUGACUACUUGGUGUCUGCUUCCAAUACGGAUCUGGGUUUUUCUGUACAGAAUGUCCUACCCCAAGGCGCUACCAGUAAUGCUAUACGUGGUCUUCAACCAGCUACUAGCUAUGACCUGAGCGUUCUUACCAAUAUUGAACCUGCUACAAGCAACUUCCCUGGAUUCACCGUUGUGCCGCCAACUGCUGUUGCUGGAACUGUGAAUAUUGGGGCUGUUACAGCUCAAGAACUGGAGGUACUCUGGUCGACUGAUGGCAUCGCUGCCGACUCCUUCAAAGUUAUUUUGUUCAGUGAGGAUGGCUUACAGCAAUAUGAACAAAGUGUCCCUGCUGGAACCACAUCUGUGCUAUUUGAGAACUUGACACCGGACACCCCGUACAUUGCUGUUGUUGAAGCUAUCGUUAGAAAUGUACUGACGAAUACAGAUCAAGCUUCCGUUGUUGGAUCAGAUGACGCAACAACCAAUAUCCUACCAGGUACUAAUAGCGUUACUGUGGACAGCAUAACUGGAAAUUCAGCAACACUCUCAUGGACUUUUAACCAGGCAGCCACAGACUACUUAAUCUCUUACAUCAGUGCUGAUGGUGCACAUACUGGUUUGUUUAACCCAGACGGGAACGGCAACACAGUUGUCGUUGUGCCUGGGCUUCAACCACAGACAACAUACACAUUCUCAGUGCUAGGAACAGACGGCACAAAUACAUUUAACGUCGGAUCAGCUGUAGGUACAACAGGUUUGGAUACGACGGUAACAUUGGAUUCAGUUACAGAGAACACGGUUACACUUUCCUGGACAGCGAUAGAUGGUAGUACUUUUUACCAGGUUUUAUACAGGCCUACUGGCUCGACUCAACCGGAACAACAAACGAUAGUUUCUAAUGGACCUCAAAACACCCAAACCACACUAACUGGACUCACACCAGCUACAAUGUAUGAUGUUCGAGUUGUGGCUUUCCCGGGAGGUGCACCAUUGGAAGUUGGAAGCAUCACGCAAACAACAGAUUUCCAGAUCUUCUCUCAACAUGCUCGGUCUUGAACAAAACGAGGAUUCAUCCAUCAUUAGUCCAGAGGCUUGUCUUACAAAGAGUUGCUAUUGAUCCAAUCAACCACAACUAUGAAAAACCAGCAACCCCAAGAUCUAACAUGCAUAUGUCUGUCAAAAACGUUUUAUAAAUAGGUAUAUUCAUGCAUGCUUCAUUAUCUUCACAGUCCAGGGGCCCGUAACACAAAACUUAACAAUGAUUAUAGAACAUUUUUCUACAAUUAAUUUCAUUGACCACAAUUUACAAUCCAUCGUGAGAAUCAAGCGUACAAUCAAUCGCCAACCUUUGUGUUACGGCAGCCUUUUGUGCUUCUCUUUGUUUACAAAGGAACAUUGAGCAAAUUACCUGGAUGAAAAAUUAUGAUAUUGGUUUAUUUCUAAAGUUGAGGUUGAUCAGAUCAAUCACAGCUCUUUGUAAGAUAGGACCCAGGAGCUUAUUUCUUAGCAGACUUUUGCAUCCUUGAGAAAUUUACCUUGCUACUUGUGGGAUUGACUACCAUUUUCAACCUUCUGAAGCUUUUCAUGACAUGUUGAUGAGUGGGAGGCCAACUUCAAUCUGAUGGGGAGGGAUGGGAAAGUCCAUUGGCUCUCUUUUCUCAUAGGAUACUCAAUAGUUUCUGUAGUUUCAAUGAGUGGUACCUUCAAAGCUUUGCUAGAGAGUUUGAUGAACAAAUUAUCUGUGUCAUCUGCUUACACUGUUUUUUAAAAAUCAUUUUUGAAUUUGUAGAAUUUGAUUGUCUUCGUUCAGAUUUUCUCAUGCCCUUUGAUGUCUCAAUCAUAUUCAUUUUUUAAUGUAAUUACCCUUUACCAAUCUUGUGUUGAAAAAAAAAGGGUUGGCGUGAUUAUCUCUUGAAUGUUUAGGUCAAUUCAAAUAAUUUGAUGAGCGCAGGUGAAUGAC